AUCCUUCUUCCCAUGAACAAUAAAGUGAAUCUCUUGGAUCUCCCAGAAAUCAUCUCGCAUGUUGGUCGCUUUCUCGAUCAGAAUGACCACCUGAUCUGCAUUCGCGUCUCCAAGAUAUUUUACUCUACUCUUAUCAGGUCCAUAUGGAGGACAAUCUUGGUUUCAUCUGUACAAGGAUAUCCAUCUGGCGAAGCACUGCAGAACAACAAGAAAUACAUAGAAGGGAUUAGACUAUAUGGCGACAUUCCAAAGGAAAUUCACUUAACCAGGUAUUCGGUUUCGGAUGAGCUCUGGCAGACACUUCUGGGAUGCACCAAUCUCGAGCGCCUAGAAAUAGCUUACACGCGUACAAAUGCCAACAUCGAUCUAUUUUUUCAACUACCUUUCAACUUCCAAAAUAGUGAGGCCAGCGAGCAUAUCUUCCCAAAUAUGCACACACUAAGUAUUAGAAGCGUCAAAAUAAUCAAUCCCCCAUAUCCGUACACAUCAUCUUAUUGUCUCGGCAUGUUGGUCAGGGAAUGUCCAGGGUUGUGUGCACUGACAUUUGACGAUGGCACAGAGUCCUACAAAAUUGAGCAACCAAAACACAAUGAUUUCCGCAGGGCAGCAUUCCUUCAGCAUCCCUGGGCACUAACAAACUUAUCAGAGUUAUGUAUGCCUUCUAUGAUCAUAAAAGACGAGGAGCUUGCAGCGCUUCUCAGACAGAUGACUGAAUUAAGAAAGCUACAAGUCCCAUCUUGUGAACUCGGCCAACUCUCUCUGCAAGAGUUGCUAACUGAAAAACAAGGAAUUCUGAGUAAUGGUCAUACGAUGCGGAAGACAAGGCAUCGGAGGCUCUGCGAGACUGUUGAAGUAUUGACAUUCAAUGUACAAAGCGCAGAUGGCAUUGUUCAAGCCAUUUUAUCAAAUUGCCCGCGCUUGAAGCGGAUGAGAGGAUCUAAAGUAACGGUGACAGAGAUUGUCAAUGGUUCAAGAUGGGUGAGCACUAACCUGACUGAUCUGAAUAUCUACCUUGAGGCAGACGUUGAUCAAGAGACAGCAGAAGGCAUGGCGAAGUCGCGUAUUGCGUCCAAACAACUCGGAAAGUUGACUCGACUACGUUAUCUUGAUCUAACACGACAGAGUCCGAGAAUAAGGGGGAAAAACGGACAACUGGAUAUAAAACUAAGAGCAGGUCUCGAUGAGUUAGUCAACCUGAAGAACCUGACUUGGCUAUGGUUUAGAUAUGAUGGAAGUCAACGAUUAGACUUUGAGGAUGCAACAUGGAUUGUGAAUAAUUGGCCAAACAUCGAGUUCUUGUCUCACUUUCUGAUAGACGACGACCUCUCUGUAUCCACUUCCGUGGAUUCUUUAUUCGGUUCACGCAAUAUUAUACGUAGUUAGACUAAAGAAAGAACCACAUUAUCACUUCAUGGUCUGCUAUGAAUAAAACUCUUUGGACAUUCACUUGCCCAAAGUGUGUCUACUUU